AUGAGCAGCCAGGCCUUUUGGAAAGUCGGAGCAAUCUUCGGCGCCACCGCCGUCGGCCUCGGGGCCUUCGGAGCCCACGGCCUGAAGAACCGUAUCUCUGAUCCCGCAAAGAUUGCUAGCUGGUCCACCGCCGCUCACUACCAGCUCGUCCACUCUGUUGCCAUUCUCAUCGCCCGAUCUAACCCCAUUGCCGCCGGUCUUUUCACGGCGGGCGCGACCAUUUUCAGCGGUAGCAUCUACGCACUCAUCCUCAACCCCGACCUCAAGUUCCUCGGCCCCGUCACCCCAAUUGGUGGUCUUGCCCUGAUUGCUGGCUGGCUUGCCUUAGCUUUCACGAAGGGCCGCGUUCGGUUCUGA